UAGAUACCGUCUCAUCAUCUCUCUCAUUGCGUACCCAGCAACCACCAUGCAUGAAGAAGCGCAGUCUCGGUUACUCCUCCUAGCCCUCCUCCUCCUUUCGCCGGCAACAGCGUCGUCGUCGUCGGCGGCCGGCGUCUCGCUGCCUGGCUGCCCGGACAAGUGCGGCAACGUCUCCAUCCCCUACCCUUUCGGCAUCGGCGACCGAUGCGCUGCCUCCGGCCUGGGCAGCCUCUUCAACCUCACCUGCGACGACACCGGCGGGGCGCCGCCGGUGCCCCUGGUGGGUGAUCCCGGCUUGCAGGCGGAGAUCAUCGAAUUCUCGCUGGAGCGCGGCGAGCUGCGGGUGUACGCCGGACUCAGCUACGUGUGCUACGCGUCGGCGACCUCCCAGUCCAGCAACUUCACGUUCGUCUUCUCCCUCGUGGACACCCCGUUCCGCGUCUCGCCGUCGCGUAACCAGCUCACGGUGGUCGGGUGCAGCACGCUGGGCCUGGUGGUCGGCACGGGCGGCGGCGCGGGCCGCUCCGAGGACGACGUGUACGCCACCGGCUGCUACUCCUACUGCGCGAGGCUCAACAGCACGAACGCCGACGGCGCGCCGUGCGACGGGACGGGGUGCUGCCAGGUGCCCAUCUCGCCGGACAUCCCCUUCCUCGGCGCGGCGUUCCGUACCGGCAACUGGACGAACACCGCCUGGCGGUUCAACCCGUGCUUCUACGCCAUGGUCGCCGAGGACGGGUGGUACAGCUUCCGGCGAAGCGACCUCGCCGGCGGCCUCGCGUACUACAACGAGACCGUGGGCACCGUCCCCGUGGUGCUGGACUGGGCGGUGAGGGACGGGUGGUGCCCGGCGACGGCGGAGGAGAAGGCGCGGCGGAAGUACGCGUGCAAGAGCGCAAACAGCGAGUGCGUGAACUCCACCAACGGCAUGGGGUACUCGUGCAACUGCUCCCAUGGCUACCAGGGCAACCCCUAUCUUCAAGACGGUUGCCAAGACAUAAACGAAUGUGCUCUACGGAAGCAAGACGCCAGGUACGAGGAGAUGUACCCAUGCAGGGAUGGCGUCUGCAUCAACACACCAGGGAGCUACCGCUGCAAAUGCAGGGUUGGAACAAAAAAAGACGGCACAAAUUUUGGGUGCCAACAAGUGCUUCCCAUGGCUGCAAAAGUGGUCGUUGGCCUGAGUGGUUGUGCUAUACUGGCAAUGGCUCUGUCAUGCUUGCUAGUUAUAAAGCUUCAGAGAAGGAAACACAUACUGGAGAAGCAGCAAUACUUCAACCAAAACGGAGGCCUCAGGCUGUUCGAGGAGAUGGUGUCGAGGCAGGUCGACACGGUGCGCGUGCUCACCGAAGACGAGCUCAAGAAAGCCACCAACAACUUCAGCGACGAUCGGGUCAUCGGCUGCGGCGGCCAUGGCACGGUGUACCGGGGCACGCUCGACGACCACCGGGAGGUCGCCAUCAAGAGGUCCAAGGCGGCGAUCGACGGCGACGACGGCGGCUGCGAGGAGGAGUUCGUCAACGAGAUCAUCGUCCUGUCGCAGAUCAACCACCGCCGCGUCGUGCGGCUGCUCGGCUGCUGCCUGGAGGUGCACGUCCCGAUGCUCGUCUACGAGUUCGUCCCCAACGGCACCCUGUUCGAGCUCCUCCACGGCGGCGGCGGCGGUCGACGCGGCGGGGCGCGCACGCCGGCGGUGCCGUCGUUGGGCCUCCGGCUCAAGAUCGCGGCGCAGUCCGCGGACGCGCUGGCGUACCUGCACUCGUCGGCGUCGCGCGCGAUCCUGCACGGCGACGUGAAGUCCCUCAACAUCCUGCUCGACGACGGGCUCGACGCCAAGGUCGCCGACUUCGGCGCGUCGGCGCUCAAGUCCAUGGACGAGGGCGAGUUCAUCGAGUACGUGCAGGGCACCCUCGGCUACCUCGACCCGGAGAGCUUCGUCAACCGCCACCUCACCGACAAGAGCGACGUCUACAGCUUCGGCGUCGUCCUCGUGGAGCUCGCCACCAGGAAGAAGGCGGUCUACGACGACGGCUCCGGCAGCAAGCGUUCCCUGUCCACCGUGUUCCUCGCCGCGCUCCGCCGGGGCGAGCUCUGGAGCGUGCUCGACCGUGACCUCGCGGCGGUCGACGACAAGGCGGCCGUGGACGUGCUCCAGGGGCUCGCGCAGCUCGCCGCGCAGUGCCUGAGCCCGACCGGGGACGAGAGGCCGGCGAUGAAGGAGGUGGCGGAGCGGCUGCAGGUGCUGAGGCGCGCCGAGAUGCAGGUGGCGGCCGGAGCCGGAAGGGACAGCGACGAUGGUCAGGUGGAUCAGUGGAUGCAUGGAGGAGGAUCGGUGGGGUGCGGCCAUUUGGACACGACGGCUUCUUACACGACCACGGAGACGGAAAGGCUUCCGCUCAGUGCUGAUCUUGCACGCUGAAACUUGUGAAAACGUCCUCUCUCUAAAGUAAAAUUGUCUAUUUGAAAUUAUGAAUAGGGGUGGUGCUUGUAAGUGUGUAUUUUAGGAGCAGUAGAUACUACACCGAAACCGGGAGGACAUAAUAAGGCGAUAAUCAUAAUUAUUACCUAAAAAUCACCUAAAUUUGAAUGAAACUACCAUGGUUUUGGAAGAGAAAUCACACGAUAUGCAACGAUUAUUGUAAUAUUCUUUGUGAUAAUCAUGGUGUU